AUGGCUGAUGUCGCUCAACUGGGUGCUCAUACGUGGCAGUCGGUGGAUUCGGACGAAAUUUUAUUUUUUUCCAGUUCAUUCAGCACAAAUCAAACCGUCCCAGAAGAGUUGUUACCGCUUGCUGAUAGGUACAGUUUUAAAUUCGCUGAUCAACGAUCACUACAAAGGGAUAUAAUUGAAUUAAAGCGAGUAAUUCGUUGCAAAUUAAAUAAACAAAUGCGAAUUAAACAAGGAUAUGUACAAAUGCAGAAAGUUACAAAGGAACGAAAGCAGUUGGAAUUUCUGAAAAAAGAAGUUCGAGAUUUGAGUGAUCAGAUUAGUGAUAUGCAAGAUGAUCUUCAAACCCUCGAUAUGUACGAUACGGGCGCUUUUGAUAAAUCACUUACAGAUGAAGGUAAAUCGAAUUCUGUGUCGACUUCUCCAUCAGAUGAAUUGGUAUCGUCUACGCAUACCUUAAAAGAUGCAUCUCUUCCAAGGGUUGGGUCUGCUGACGAAAUUUUAGAUCAAAGUGCUGGUGUUUCAAAUGCUGUAAAAUCGCGGCUUCCUGCUCUACAGAAAGAACUUGGAAAGGAAUUAAAAGUUAAAGAAGGUCUUGAGCGUUUUCUCAAUAUUGGACAGACGAAUCGCAAACUUCAAGAAAAUUCUAAAAACAUGUUGGAUGAUUCAAAGGCUAAAAUCGCUCUUUUGCGGAUGCAAAUUGAAAAAAUUCAACAUCAGGAAAGAUUGGAUUCUGGUUUAUUAGGUAAAGGCGUUCAAUCAAGAAAUGAAAUUGUUAUCGACGGCCUUAUAAAUAAAUUGCGAAAGGAAGCAGCAAUUGCUGAAGGAGCUCGAAACAUGAUAAAAAUACUUAAAAGUCAAAGAAAAUCAGAUGGAAAAAGUUUAGCUCAAGCAUUUGAUAACAAAAUGCAGUCAGAAGAAAAACUGGAUCUUAUUCGAUUGGCACUUAAUAAAUAUAGUUCUCAAUUACCAUUGGAUUCUACAAAAAGAGUGGAAAUUUUUGAAGCUUUAUUCGAAAUCGAUAAUGGAGGCUUUUCGAUGCAUACCCGCGAUGAUAAUCAAGCGAGUCCAUCGUCGAUUUCUGCUAGUUCAUUUGCUCAAGAUUGUGAAUUAAAAACUGGCAGUUUGCCGAGGACUUCGAAUUUCUCAAGGCUUCAUAGCACAUUUACACAAUCGUUAGCUGUUAGUGGUCGACUUGAAGUCAGGAUAAUGGGAUGCCAAAAUUUAAUGGUUGAUGUAGCACGGCGAGCUCCACGACCUGAAAUUUCUUCUAUAUUGGCUAUGGGUGGUGAAACUUCAUCAAUGGUUGGGUUUUUGCCGCAGAAAAAUCGAAACGCUCGUGGUCUGGGUCCACGAACAAGCAGGACACGGUCAUCGUCCGUGUGGUGUUCUCCUACAAACUUACAUGGUGCUUUAAUCCUUACAAGUUUUUCUAGCAGUGCUCUAAGAAUGUCGCAGACUGAUGAAGUAAUUGCUACAUUACGUCUAGAUAGUAAAGAAGUUGGUACUACUGAUGCUCGUCCGGCGGCACAUCAAAGUUGGGAUCAGAGAUUCAGUAUUGAGCUUGAUAGGUCCAGAGAACUAGAAAUUGAAAUUCGCUAUAAAGAUUGGCGUUCGAUGUGUGCGUUUGUAGUUAUUAAACUUGGCGAUAUUGUUGAGCCAGCUGAAAGAACUGGUGUUGUGUUGCAGUUGGAGCCGGAAGGAGAACUUUUCGCUGAAUUUAAAUAUUUGAAUCCAGUAGUUAGUCGAAAACCUAAAUUGGAACGACAGAAACGACUCUUCAGAGUAAAAGAGCGAAAAGAAAUUGCUGGCGCAAAAAAAGAACUCGGUAUAGCAGCUUGGAGUCGUUUAAUCAAACAAUUUGGUGGUUCACAAACUAAUGAAAGUGGUGAACCUGUAACGAGCCCAAUUAUGUUUGGUUUUGCAGGAGCUCCAACUCAUGGUUUUGGGUUAACUCAUACCAGUAAGAAUUCCACAGCAAUUUCAACGCGAAUGAGUACUGAACGUCCAUUACCCGUUGCUCCAAUUUAUGAUGUUCCACCUGUUGAUUUGGCACAAAUGUCAAAUCGUUCCACGUCAAGCAUACUUACAGGGGGAAAAAACAAGAUUCGCUCUAAACUCCAAGUCGCACAUUCUUCUGAAGAAUCUACCGUGCUUCCGGAACCGCUGAAACAAUUUGGUACAUUAGUGCCAAAAGGUUCAUCUACAACUGAUAUCUCGCCGAAUUUCGUAACCAGUCUUGGAUCAAAAUCGCAUGGUAUACCACCACCAAAGGCACCACGUGCUGUUACUGAUAUUACUAUCGACAAAUUCCGCCUUAUAUCUGUACUCGGGAGAGGUCAUUUCGGAAAAGUAAUAUUGGCUCAGUAUAAACCCAAUAAUGAAUAUUAUGCUUUAAAAGUACUAAAAAAAGGGGAUGUUUUGGGGCGUGAUGAGGUAGAAUCGUUGAUGGUUGAAAAAAGGAUUUUCGAGAUUGCUACUCGACAUAGGCAUCCGUUUCUCAUUAAUUUAUUCGCUUGUAUCCAGUCUAAAGAGCAUGUUUUCUUUGUUAUGGAAUAUACAAUGGGAGGUGAUCUAAUGCGGCAUAUUCAUGAUGAUAUUUUCACUGAGGAACGAAGUUGUUUCUAUGCGGCUUGUGUACUUCUAGGUCUUGAAUUUCUUCAUUCAAAUGAUAUUAUUUACAGAGAUCUUAAGUUAGACAAUCUUCUUUUGGAUAGAGAUGGUUAUGUAAAAUUAGCAGAUUUCGGUUUAUGUAAAGAAGGUAUGGGUCCAACAGAUCGAACCUCUACUUUUUGCGGUACUCCCGAAUUUCUGGCACCGGAGGUGCUAACUGAGAAUAGCUACACACGUACCAUCGAUUGGUGGGGAUUGGGCGUUUUGAUUUUUGAAAUGCUCGUUGGCGAGCCUCCUUUUUCGGGCGAAGAUGAAGAAGAAAUAUUUGAGUCAAUUGUGCAUGAUGAUGUUCGUUAUCCGCGAUUUCUCUCAAUCGAAAGUAUCACAAUUAUGCGAAGGCUGUUGAGAAAAAAUCCAGAUAAACGACUUGGUUCUGGUGAAAAUGAUGCCCUCGAUGUUAAGCAACAACGCUUUUUCAAGAAAAAUAUGGAAGAUGUAAGCAAUUUUGAUGAGGAAUUUACCAAAGAAACACCACGCUUUUCUUCAGCUAAAGGCAAAAGAUUGAUAACCGAUGACGAUCAACUACUCUUCAAAGAUUUUAAUUUUAUUGCUAUUGAAUGA